UUAGCGGCGAUCAAUCAGCUCACAGCUGACGUUUAUCGCAGCAAAGUAGGUAUAUUAAAAAAAUAUUUUGAAUUUUCUCUAACUACUGCUGGCUUCCGUGAGUGAAAAGUUCGUGAAUAUAAUAAUAAUUGCAAACCUUAAAGUAAUAAGAUUCAUGCGUUCUCUUUAAUGUACAUUUAACGUAUGUUACCAAAGAAAUCAACAAUUUUCAGCUAAUUUCAGAAGUGCUUCCGUACGCGACGCGACGACGACCGUGUCAGCAUGCCACUGGUGCUAAGGUUUGCCAUCAGUGAGCUGCUAGCAGCGAGCGGUUCUCGCCAUCCCUCGUUUCUGCUGGCCUGCUUCUUGUAGUGCAGAUAGACUUAGCAAACCGAAGCGAUCGUUCCGUUGUGGCUUAAACCAAACAGAACAACAAAGAACGUAAGAUAACAGUCACUGAUAAGAUAGAACCCCAGGUGUUUGUUUAUACUGGCUGAGAGUGGAAGUUAGAUAAUCCGGGCAGUCGGUGGGUGAAAGAAGAAAGGAAAACCAAUCGCAGAAAUCGUACGAACUUUGCGCUCUCCGGGGAAACAAAAUCGUAGUAACUCCGUUGAUCAACGAUGCGACCGGAUCGAAGGACCACCAGUAACAGCGUGUUCCGGACUUUGUACGAUGGCGGGGCGUAUCAUGGGGAGCAGUACGGACCACGUGUGGCCUGCAGUAGUAAAGAUAGCGUAGAUCUAAUCCAACGACUCGACCUGUGGAAGCUGCUCAAGGUGCACAAAGGCUGCGUCAACACCGUAUCCUGGAGCGACGAUGGGCAGCUGUUACUGUCCGGAUCGGACGAUCAGCACAUCGUCAUCAGCAGCCCAUUCACCGGUCGGACGCUGUUUCAGCAUAAGACGACCCAUCGGGCGAAUAUUUUCAGUGCUCGAUUUCUGCCGCAAAGUGGUAACAGUGAGAUUGUGUCCUGCUCGGGCGACGGGAUCGUCCUGUAUACCGAACUGAAGAACGUUGGGCUACAGCCGGAAGAACCAAAUCUAAACUACUUCACCUGUCAUAGCAAUGGGACGACGUACGAGGUGCUGACCGUUCCGUCCGAGCCUCGCUCGUUCAUGAGCUGUGGUGAGGACGGAACCGUUCGAUUGUUUGACCUGCGCAAGCAGAGCCGCUGUAUGAAAACUUGCUGCAAGGAUAACAUUUUAAUUUUGAGUCCGUCCGCUGUGACGGCGAUGGCAUUGGCACCCAUUUCCUUCAACUACAUAGCGGUGGGAAGUUCCGACAGUCACGUACGGAUCUACGACCGACGGUUUCUGAAGCUGGUCGAUUGCAAUGCGGCCGGGUCGCCGAACGAUCGGCACACAGUGCCGGUAAAAAUGUUCACCAAUCCGUCGAUGGAGAAGCGAUCCUUCCGGGUGACUUCGAUCGCUUACAGCCGGGAUGAGAGCGAGCUGCUGGUCAACUACUCAUCCGAUCAUCUGUACCUGUUCGACGCCACCCGGGACGGGAUCGAGGUCCAGGCUGCGCAGGCAUCCAGCAGCUCCGACAAGGGCAAGCGCGGUUCCAAGACGCAGCACAGCAUCGAUAGUCCACCGCCGGUACGUCGGUUGCGCUUGCGUGGUGAUUGGUCCGACACCGGGCCGGAUGCGCGGCCGGCCCGCGAGGUAGCCUCGCGGGUAUUCGGGGCCGGCCAGGCUCGACCACAACUGCAGGCUACGAUCAUGCAUCGUAUGACCGAGGUUCUGUCGCGAAUGUUGGCCGACCCGCGAACGCGAAUCGGACUGACCCACACGAACGAACUGACGAACGAUAGCGAUCUGGCGAAUGUGGUCGAUGAUUUUCGCACCUUCGCCAGCAGUACGGCCGGGCAGGAUUCAGCCGACGCUGGACAGGGCCAGGAGCCGCAGCCAUCGACGAGUGGAACGCAACCGGAGCGGCGGCGGCGGCAACGGUCCGCGGAAGGUAACGACGAAGAUGACGAUCAUGAUGACGAUGACGACGACGACGACGAAAAAGAUGUUAACACCAAACCAACCCAAAGAAAAAAGUCUGAUAGUAAUCAGUUAGAUUCGGCGUACGAAGCAAGAUUGAAAGAACUGCAUGAUCUCGAACGGAAAAUCAUAAACUACGACUACGUGAUUAGGAAGUUUGUUGGCCAUCGAAACGCUCGAACAAUGAUCAAGGAAGCCACCUUCUGGGGCAACGACUACAUCAUGUCCGGUUCGGAUUGCGGUCACGUUUUCACCUGGGAACGGGCUACCGGCCGGCUAGUGAUGCUAAUGGAAGCCGAUCAACAUGUAGUGAACUGCGUUCAACCUCACCCGAUUCUGCCAAUCCUGGCUACCUCCGGAAUCGAUUACGACAUCAAAGUGUGGUCUCCGAUGGGCGAGGAGAAAACCCGCUUCGAUCAGGAAUCGGCUAAUGAUCUCAUGGAACGGAACGCGGUGAUGCUGGAGGAAACCAAAGACACCAUAACCGUGCCAGCUUCCUUUAUGAUACGAAUGUUGGCGUGUAUCCACUCGCUUCGGAAUCGACGUGGCGGUCAGGCACCAGCUGCUAAUGGCAAUGACGGCAAUAACGGCACCAGCAAUAAUAAUAACGGCGAAGGUGACGCGGAUGAUACCAACAAUGGUAACGGUGGUAGUUCGAGUAGCUCAGGUCAGGACGCCGCCGAUGCGAGUGGAAGUGCUAACUCGGAACACUUUCUGUGAGGGACACCGGCCGUUGCUACAGGUAGGUAAUGUAUGAUGACGAUUGCUAGCCGAAACGGGACUCUGUAUUAUAUAAAUGCUUGCGAGCCGUCCCUUCCCGUUAUACCCAUUUAUUCCAGGCAAUAGUGAACAUUAACUCAUUUAUUGGAUGUGUAUUAACACAACUCAGCCGGCAGAGCAAACAAGCAAGAUGUGAUUUUUGUUGUACGAUCCGUUAUGACGAGUAUAAUUAUUACUAGAGAAGACAGA